AUGCUACAUAAUGGGGAAGGCGGAAUGAGUGUUAAUGAUCUUCAAGAGCUCAUCGAGCGACGGAUACCCGAUAAUCGAGCUCAACUGGAAACGAGUCAUGCGAAUCUUCAACAAGUUGCCGCGUAUUGUGAGGAUAAUUAUAUACAAUCAAACAAUAAAUCUGCUGCGCUAGAGGAAUCCAAGAAAUUCGCGAUCCAGGCACUCGCCAGCGUAGCCUACCAGAUUAACAAGAUGGUUACAGAUUUACACGAUAUGCUUGCUCUACAAACCGAUAAAGUGAACUCUUUAACAAAUCAAGUUCAAUAUGUUAGCCAAGUAGUUGAUGUACAUAAAGAGAAGCUUGCAAGACGAGAAAUUGGUUCUCUCACAACCAAUAAAACAUUAUUCAAGCAACCCAAAAUCAUUGCACCAGCAAUCCCAGAUGAAAAGCAGAGAUAUCAACGAACGCCCAUCGAUUUUUCUGUUCUUGACGGAAUAGGGCAUGGUGUCAGAACAUCGGAUCCACCGAGAGCAGCACCAAUCUCAAGAGCAACUUCAUCAAUUUCUGGCAGUUCUCCAUCACAAUUUCACAAUGAAUCUCCAGCGUAUGGAGUUUAUGCUGGUGAACGAACGGCUACGUUAGGAAGAACAAUGAGACCGUAUGCUCCAUCAAUUGCUCCAUCGGAUUAUCGGUUGCCACAGGUCACACCACAAUCAGAAUCACGAAUCGGCCGUCAAAUGAGCCACGGAUCAGAGUUCGGAGAUCAUAUGAGCGGUGGUGGUGGAAGCGGAAGUCAACACGGAUCAUCAGACUAUAAUUCCAUUUAUCAACCUGAUCGUUACGGAACUAUUCGAGCUGGUGGUCGGACUACAGUGGAUGGUAGCUUUUCUAUUCCCAGACUAUCAUCUGCACAAAGUAGUGCUGGAGGUCCAGAAUCACCAACAUUCCCACUUCCACCACCAGCUAUGAAUUAUACUGGAUAUGUUGCACCGGGAAGUGUGGUACAACAACAACAACAACAACAAAUGCAACAACAAAAUUAUGGAACUAUUCGAAAAUCAACGGUGAACCGACAUGAUCUUCCACCUCCACCAAAUUCUUUGCUCACUGGAAUGUCAAGUCGAAUGCCAACACAAGAUGAUAUGGAUGAUCUACCACCUCCACCAGAAUCAGUUGGUGGGUCAUCAGCGUAUGGAGUGUUUGCUGGUAGAACAGAAUCGUACAGUUCGAGUCAGCCACCAAGUCUCUUUGAUACGAGUGCUGGAUGGAUGCCCAACGAGUAUUUGGAAAAAGUACGGGUCCUGUACGACUAUGAUGCUGCAAAAGAAGACGAGUUGACACUUCGCGAGAACGCAAUUGUCUACGUACUGAAAAAGAACGAUGACGACUGGUAUGAAGGUGUCUUGGAUGGAGUCACUGGGCUUUUCCCUGGAAACUACGUAGUUCCAGUAUGAUAACAAGAAAUGCUAACCCUGCUAAAUCAAUUGCUUUUAAUCUCACUUUUAUUCAUAUUCAUAUAUUGCCUUUUGCCUCGAGUACUUGUAUGUGAAAAGCCAAAAAUAAACGAUGGAUAUGU